GCCCCAUGCCAGCCCAGCCUACAUUAACAGCGCCGCCGCCCACCAACGCAACUACGAAAGUCGCGUUUCCCCACCAUCAUCAAUCACUACAGCCACCGUCCACCGUCCAUCACCCAUCACCACCGACGCCGAGUGUUCCGCCGAGCAUUUUGCUUCCCAAACCCACACACAACUACGAACUUCACGAUGUCGGAUCGCGAUAUUACAAGCUCCGACGACCUCUCGCUGCCCAAAGCCACCGUGCAAAAGAUCAUCGGCGAGAUCCUCGCGUCAGACGUCGCGUUCGCUAAGGACGCACGCGACCUCCUAAUCGACUGCUGCGUCGAGUUCAUCACGCUGAUCUCGUCGGAGGCGAACGACAUUGCGGAGCGCGAGGCGAAGAAGACGAUCGCGUCGGAGCACGUGAUCCGCGCGCUCAAGGACCUGGGCUUCGAGGAGUAUGUCGACCAGAUCGAUGAGGUCGCGAGAGAACAUAAGGAACACCAGAAGAGCCGCGAAAAGAAGCAGACGAAGCUGGAGCAGAGCGGGCUUACCCAGGAGGAGCUGCUGAGGCAGCAGGAGGAGCUGUUCGGUAAUGCCAGGGCAAAGUUUAAUCAGCAGGGCGUGCCAGAGGCGUGACUUGGUUAUCUGCCUAGGCCGGAGCCCAGCUGUUGGAAACUACUGUGCUUGUAUGAUCUGAUAGCGAUGGGAGGGUGUGCGGGGUAGUCAACUUCUUCGCUCUCUCUGUUUUAUUUUUCUCUGCGCGGCUGCGGCUGCGCACUGGGUCUUUUGUUUAGUUUUUGCGGUAUAUGUAGUUGGUUACUUGUUGGGGCUUGCGUUAUCUUCUGAAGCCUCACUCUACCGGCGUGAUGUGUGAUGGCAGCUUACGAUUGGGCGAUUGGGAGUUUCUGUUUUGAGUUGGUUGGUUGUUUUUCCGUCUUCUGCUGUUACUUUGUACUGGGAUCGGUGGGUAGUUGUUCUUCUGUAUCAUUACUCCGUUAUUCACCGCUUGCGUGGGUAGGCUCAUGUCUUGGGUGAUAUGGGAAUUUAUCCUUUCUCUUGUGACAAGAGAGAGAAGAUUGGACAGUGAGAAGAAGGCGGA